GAUCAGAAGCCCGAGAUGAAUUUUAACACUAUUCUAGAAGAGAUUCUUAUUAAAAGGUCACAGCAGAAAAAGAAGACAUCGCCCUUAAACUACAAAGAGAGACUUUUUGUGCUAACGAAGUCCAUGUUAACCUACUAUGAGGGUCGAGCAGAGAAAAAAUACAGAAAGGGAUUUAUUGAUGUUUCAAAAAUCAAGUGUGUGGAAAUAGUGAAGAAUGAUGAUGAUGUUGUUCCCUGCCAAAACAAAUAUCCAUUCCAGGUUGUUCAUGAUGCUAACACACUUUACAUUUUUGCACCUAGUGCACAAAGCAGGGACCGGUGGGUGAAGAAGUUAAAAGAAGAAAUAAAGAACAACAAUAAUAUUAUGAUUAAAUAUCAUCCUAAAUUUUGGGCAGAUGGAAGUUACCAGUGUUGUAGACAAACUGAAAAACUAGCACCUGGAUGUGAAAAAUACAAUCUUUUUGAGAGUAGUAUAAAAAAAGCACUACCUCCAGCACCAGAAACAAAGAAGCGAAGGCCUCCCCCACCAAUUCCACCUGAGGAAGAAGAUAAUAGUGAAGAAAUCGUUGUAGCCAUGUAUGAUUUCCAAGCGACAGAAGCACAUGAUCUCAGAUUAGAGAGAGGCCAAGAGUAUAUUAUAUUAGAAAAGAAUGAUGUUCAUUGGUGGAGAGCAAGAGAUAAAUACGGGAGUGAAGGAUACAUCCCAAGUAAUUAUGUAACGGGAAAGAAAUCGAACAACUUAGACCAAUAUGAAUGGUAUUGCAGAAAUACGAAUAGAAGCAAAGCAGAGCAACUCCUUAGAAGUGAAGAUAAAGAAGGUGGUUUUAUGGUAAGAGAUUCCAGUCAGCCAGGCAUGUACACGGUCUCCCUUUAUACAAAGUUCGGAGGAGAAGGCUCGUCGGGUUUCAGGCAUUAUCAUAUAAAGGAAACAACAACAUCCCCAAAGAAGUAUUAUCUCGCAGAAAAACAUGCAUUUGGUUCAAUUCCUGAGAUUAUUGAAUAUCAUAAGCACAAUGCAGCAGGACUCGUCACAAGGCUGCGGUACCCAGUUAACGUGAGGGAGAAGAAUGCACCGACCACUGCAGGAUUCAGCUAUGAAAAAUGGGAGAUCAACCCUUCAGAGCUGACCUUUAUGAGGGAACUGGGGAGCGGACUGUUUGGAGUCGUGAGGCUUGGCAAGUGGAGAGCUCAAUACAAAGUUGCAAUCAAAGCUAUUAGGGAAGGUGCCAUGUGUGAGGAAGACUUUAUAGAAGAAGCUAAAGUGAUGAUGAAGCUCACACACCCGAAGCUGGUACAGCUUUAUGGCGUAUGCACCCAGCAGAAACCAAUUUACAUUGUUACGGAGUUCAUGGAAAGGGGCUGUCUUCUGAAUUUCCUCCGGCAGAGACAAGGUCAUUUUAGUAGAGAUAUGCUGCUGAGCAUGUGUCAAGAUGUGUGUGAAGGGAUGGAGUACCUGGAGAGAAACAGCUUCAUCCACAGAGAUCUGGCUGCCAGAAAUUGUCUAGUAAAUGAGGCGGGAGUUGUGAAAGUAUCUGAUUUUGGAAUGGCCAGGUAUGUUUUGGAUGAUCAGUACACAAGUUCUUCUGGUGCAAAAUUUCCAGUGAAGUGGUGUCCACCGGAGGUGUUUAAUUACAGCCGCUUUAGCAGCAAAUCAGACGUCUGGUCAUUUGGUGUUUUAAUGUGGGAAAUAUUCACCGAAGGCAGAAUGCCGUUUGAGAAAAACACCAACUAUGAAGUGGUAACCAUGGUUACCCGUGGCCACCGACUCUAUAGGCCGAAGUUGGCAUCCAAAUACGUGUACGAGAUGAUGCUAAGGUGUUGGCAGGAGAAACCGGAGGGAAGGCCUUCCUUUGAAGAUUUGCUGCGCACGAUAGAUGAACUAGUCGAAUGUGAAGAAACUUUUGGAAGAUAA